CAUCAUCCAUUCCAAGCCUCACGAGUAAGUGAGGACAAACUCGGUAUUAGCUAGACGGCAGUAAGAGGCGUGCAUUAAAACGGCGUCGUUUGAAUUCCUCCCCAAAUGCUGUACUGCCGCUCUGCUGAAUUUCCUAUCAUCUUCCAAAGCCCCAAAAGGCAAAACCAUCAAAAUUUCUCAGAUAUAGGUAUACACAUACAUACAUACAUACAAUGGGAGUAGGAGGAAGGGAUGCUUCGAUAUCACUGGAUGGCGUGAGGGACAAGAAUUUGAUGCAGUUGAAAAAGCUAAACACUGCCCUUUUCCCGGUCCGGUACAAUGAUAAGUACUAUGCCGAUGCUCUCGCCUCCGGUGAAUUUACCAAAUUAGCAUAUUACAAUGACAUUUGUGUUGGAUCAAUUGCAUGCCGUCUUGAGAAGAAGGAAGGUGGUGCUAUUCGUGUAUACAUAAUGACAUUGGGUGUCUUGGCACCAUAUCGUGGGUUAGGCAUUGGUACAAAGCUGGUGAGUUACGUGCUUGAUCUUUGUGCAAAGCAGAAUAUUGGUGAGAUCUACUUGCAUGUGCAGACGAACAACGAGGAUGCCAUCAACUUCUACAAGAAAUUCGGAUUUGAAAUCACGGAAACCAUUCAGAACUACUAUACAAAUAUUACCCCACCGGAUUGCUUUGUUGUUACCAAGUUCAUUACUCAAACAAAGAAAUGACCAUUUGGAUCGAGUUACUACUAGAUUGAUUUUUACUUUGCUUUGAUGAAGCAUGAACUAGUUUUUUGAAUCGGAAGAUUGGGAUUAGCUAUUUAUUGGUAAUGUCUCCAUGAGACUUGAGGAAUUUGAUUUAAAAUUUUAAUUUAUUUUUCUUCCUUAA